AUGUCCCUGCAUUUUCUGCAAGGUCGAGCCUUUCCUCAUUUACCACUCAUAAAUUCUUCAUCGCCUCAUUCUCAGCCUCUUCCCAGAGCAGCCAAUCGGCUUCUAGCUGUGUCGGGUCCUGGCGUUCUAAAAUCCCGACUGAGAUUCUCCACCUUACUCUCGUCACGUCCCACGUUCUUUAAACUGUCUCACGCAAGCAAAAGACCGAAGCGUGCGUCUAACGUCGCGGAUCUCGAACACCAGUCGAGUUCGAUUCCCCAGUAUGCCGAUUCAGCCUAUUAUGCGGUGAACAUGAACUCUGCGCCAAUGCAGAAUGGACGGGGGGCCAGCCGGCCGGCUCCCUCACAUGACUCUUGGGACCGCAAUGCGCCCCAUCGGGAUACACAUCAGAGUGUGGCAUAUGGGGACUAUCCUGUGCAAGGCAAUCCUCCACCGUCGCAGUACACUCCUACGCUGGCUAUGAAUUCGAAUUUUGGGUCUCAGAUUCCACAGAUCAAUCAAACGCUACACGCCUAUCAACCUCAGGGCCACGCUCCUGCCAUGCAACAGCACCAACCACAAAUGCCUUUGGGGGAAGGCCAACAACAAUUUAGCGCUUUUAAUACGUUGCCACGAGACCUAGUGACCAUGGAUCAAGCGUUCGUCCAAACGGCACAGAAUAUGCCCUGGACGUAUCCUGGCUUUAAUAGCGGGAUGCCAUUGCCAUUCCCACCCCCAUUCCCUCUACUCCCUUUCGAUAUGAAUACCCCACUGCCACUACCCUUCCAAAACACCCGGCCCAUGAGCACGAUGACUGGUGGCGCAGGCCAACGGGUCGCAUCCGAGCGCCAAAGACAACGAUCGCCAACACCGCCAGUCAAAGUCCCGCUUCCGACACUGCAAUACAUAAAUCAAGCAUCACUGAAACCAGAGAAGACCGAAAAGCGGCCACUUCUCGUUAUCCUCGAUCUGAAUGGCACCCUAAUUUACCGCAAGCUUCGCAAAUUCCCGCCGAAAUUCGCCAGACGCACUGGUCUAGAUCACUUCCUAGCCAUGCUAGUCAAAAACUACAAAGUCAUGAUCUGGUCCAGCUCCCAACCCCAGACCGUGAAUGCCGUCUGCGAGCAGAUCUUCCCAGGUCCCAUGCACGACGCCCUCGUCGCCCGCUGGGGACGCGACAAAUUCGGCCUCAGCUCCGGCCAAUACAACAAAAAGCUCCAAGUCUACAAGGAGCUGCACAAAGUCUGGGCGGUGGCAGAUAUCCAAGGCGCAUUCCCAGGCAACGAGCAUCUACAAGACCCCCCGGCCUCAUCACCAGGCGCACAGGCACCACACAAGAACCGCAGGCAAAAGCUUCGCGAUGCUGAGGCUGCAAAGCUUCCCGCAGGCCACCGCUGGGACCAGACCAACACCAUCCUCAUCGACGACAGCAAGCUCAAGGCUUCCAGCGAGCCAUUCAAUAUCCUCGAGAUCCCGGAGUUCAACGAUGAUCCCAGUAUCGACGAAACGAAGCUCUUCGCUAAGGUCCUCACCCGCCUUGAUUAUCUCGCCCACCACGACGACGUGAGCAAAGUCCUCCGCAUCUGGAACGAGCGAGUAGACAAGGGCGAGGGCAGUAUUCUCGAAUUGGAUAUUGGGUUGCAUGAGGAUUCUGUUGACAACGAGGACGGCGGGAUCAGUCUCCUCCCAAAGCAGUUAAACGCCGACUCUAAUGGCGAUCUCAUGACGUUUGAUGGUGCCAAGGAUGUCCCUCCUCCUACGACUGCUAAGCCCAAAGCCAAGAAAAAUAAGAAGGCGAAAGCAAGAGAGAAAGCGGACGCCGCCAAUACUAUAACCCCGAACACUGCAGCGACAACACCCGCAACCGCCAGUACUGCAACCACCAACCCGCCAGUCAUAAAGCUAACACAGCAACCCGAACAGAAAACAGAAGAGCAGAAAGCGGAAAUAAAAAUGUCCCGCAAGGCGCGCAAAAGGGCCAGACAGGCCGCCGCCGUCGCCGAAGCUGCCACUGCCGAAGCAGAAUACCGAAAGACACACGGGAUUCCAACACCAAGUUACAAUAAUAUAACGAGCCAACAAGUCGUCGCCAGUAUCGAACCAGAAGUGAAGAAUCACGCCCAUGCUCGAAUUGGAAAAAGUGAGAAAUCCAUUCGCCGCAGACAAAAGGCCCUAGACAGAAGGGCUCAGUGGGAAGUUGAUCCUCCCGCGCCUCUUCCUGGAUCUCGGACUGCACAGGAAAGAUACAACUUCCGGAAAAAGAGUGUUGCUGCUCCUGCUCCCGAGCCAAAUAAUGCAUCUGCAUCUGCAUCUGACUCUGCUUCCGGGCCAGUGUUCGAGUCCGCCACUGCCGCUGUCCACGCUGCCAAUGCCGCUCGCAUCGUGACGAGUGGAUUAUCACCCGAGUAUUUCCCUCCAGAUGCGGAUGUGACUGUUGGCAUGGAAUUGGACGUGGAUGAGUACGUCCCACCGGAUGUUUUGACUGCGGGAGCUAAGCAUAACCGGUCGCCGUCGCCGGCUUCGUCGGCCGAGUCGAGGAAUUCGCUGCUUGAUCGUCUUGAGGAGGGGCUUGGGAUUGGGGUCGUGAAGCGUUGA